AUGGAUGAAGAAUAUCCCUACAAGACUGACUGGCUUGCACACACAGUCGCAGACACAACAAUCCCCAGCAUUGGGUCACAUGGACUCUGGAGAGAGAGACUCCAAAAUUUGUUGGAGAAAGGCUGUGCAGGACAGGCAGCCAUUGUUUUUGAGGUUAGAGACAGCCAAAGUAGAGAGAAACCAGGGAUUUGCCUUGUAAUGUCAACGUGUUCACUACAGGAUUUCUGGAGGAAACAAUCGUUCUCUGCAUGUUUUUCCACUCUUCCAUUACUUUCAAAGUUUGUUGCGCAAGAAGUCAGCUACUCUAUGGCAUUCUGA